AUGCAUGGGGCCAUGCACGUAUCCAUGCAAUGGUGGUCCGCUUGCAGAUUUUGCUGCCCGAAGCAGUCUGAAGAAUGGGGCUUUGUGGGCUUUUGGGGCACCGAGGGCCACGGAACUGGCCAACCGCAACGCUCUUGUCAGCGUGAUUGCAGUGAUGAUUGCAGGGACUCGGCCUGUGACGGCUGCCACCACCCCUGGGACGACCACCACCUCGACCUUCUUCUUUGCAGCAGCGGCACCUGCACCCGUGGCACCCACGUCCCCCAGAUCCCAGUGCCCUGGAGAGAAUGGGGGUCUUGGCCGCCUAUCGAGCCCCCGAACCAACCGGCUUGUCCCUUCUGCCAUGUGCUGCGGCGGAUGACCAUGGGGGUCUCGAGGCGCCGCCCUCCGGUAAUUCUCUUCCUCCUCGGGCUGGGUCUGGCAAAGUUAUGGGCUUUUCCGCUCUUCAUCCGCGCGACCGUGAAGGGGACUCUGGCCUGGAGGAUGGCGCCUUUCAUUCUCGACGAUGAUCGACAGAGCAGCGGCGGUAGCACUGAGACAAGUCAGACAAGCCAGACAGCUCAGACCACCAACGCCGCCGCUGCUCCCACCGCUCCCGCUGCUGCUCCCGCCAAUCCCGCCCACCCGGGCGCGCACAUCGCCGAUGAUGUCCCGCCCGAAAGGGACAACCGCCAAACGGCCGCCCAGGUCGACCGCGCAGAGGACAUCUCGGUGGCGCUCGAAUGGAAGUUGUUAUUCCCGCUGCUUGCGCCGGGGGUAGAGGACCCGCGGCCCGGCGACAAGCGACGACUGGUCGAAGCGCGAUGCCAGGACGAUGAACGUCAAUGCCUGGAGCAGGCCCACGACUGCGUGGCGCAGACGAUCAGGGACGCCGGCGAGGAGGCCGUCACCAUGCAUUCCCUCCUCACCGCGGGCAUCGAAGAGAAGGAGUGUUGGGGUUCGGGUUGGGUUGUCAAAAAAGCAAACUCGGCGGAGCCCAUGGACGAGGAGAAGGCCCUCCAGGGCUAUAUUUGGGUCUCGGUCGAGAUAUGCUCGCCCAAGAUGCGGUUCAAGGAUGAGCAGACGUGCAUCCGGAUGCAGAAGGUCCUUGAUGCGCUAAACUCCGACCACCGACUGGCCGCCAAUUGCUCUUGCGAAGUGCAUAUCCAUCUCGGGCGCAUGGAUGGCCGCGCCUGGUCCCUGUCGACGCUGCAGAGGCUGGGUUCUUUCUUGUGGGUGGCAGAACCGACGCUACGGAGCAUCAGGGAUCCGGGCUCGCCCAACUUUGACAAUACGUUUACCUGGGGAUUCGCCAUGCGACAGCGCAGCCGGCUGGCAAUUCAACUUAGAGAUGGUGCUCUAGGGGAUGCAGCGCUCAAGUCCAUCUCAGACCGGCAAAUCAACGAUGUCAUCCAAAGACGGCCGGCAACGCCAACCGAAGAGGUUGCCGCAUUCGCCGAGAUAUCGAAGACGACUUCUCACCUGGAACUCGGCCGGCUGCUGUCUGGCCCGGAGAAGAAGUACCGGCGACUGGGUUUCAACUUCAGCGCUUUCGGAGAAGAAGACGAACGGGCGAAACGAAACCCUCGCACCAUGGAAUUCCGGAUGAUGGAUGGCUCAGUCGACACCGCUCUCAUCAUGGGAUGGCUCGCAAUCUGCGGAACGAUUGCUGAGACCGCCGUCGUGGUGGGGGAGAAGGACGGUCUUCGGAGACGUUGGGUGACCGUCGUGGAAGGGAAUUUCGGAAUCUAA